GAGAGGACUCACAUGGAAAGUUUUAUAUCUGCUGCCCUGGGUGAAUUGAUGAUUAGAUCCAUAAAUUUCAUCAUCAACAAGCUCUCGAAGCCGCCGGCACUGGCCAUGGAGGAAAGCCUACAAAGGACUCUUCUCCGAGCACAGGCCAUCGACGAGGAGGCCAUGGGGCGGCACAUCACAAAUCAAGCUAUGAUCCAGCAGCUAAGCAUGCUGAGAGAUGCCAUGCACCGAGGCUCUUACGCACUCGACGCCUUCAGGUACGAGCCUCACUAUGGCGAGGAUGACAGCGAUCAAGUUGUGAGUGGAUCUAUGUCCCUGUCCAAGGUACCCUUUGCAAAGGAUCAAUAUUUCUUCGGUCGAACUGCACAGUUUCGGGAACAACUACAAGAGGCACUUGACAGAUUGGGCUCCAUGAUUGUUGAUCUGAAUGAGUUGGUGAUGUUCUUGGCGAGCUACCCUCGCCUGCAUUGCCAACCUUACAACAUGCAUAUCCUACUGGGUAACUGCAUGUUCGGUCGCCAGGUGGAAGCAGAACUUGUCAUUAAAUUUCUGCUGCACACACAGCUUCAUAGUUCUGAAGAACUGGAGGUGCUGCCAAUUGUCGGUCCACCCAGAGUCGGCAAGAGUACCCUAGUCGCUCAUGUUUGCAAGGACGAAAGAGUCCAAGGUCAUUUCUCAGAAAUCGUGUGGCUGAAUGACCUUGAUUUUACAGAUGGAGAGCAUCAAAAUCAAGUGUCAAACUCGAACAAAGACAAGAGAUUGCUAGUUGUUAUAGAACUAUCUGGAAAUCUGUAUGAAGAUGCUUGGAACAGGUUCUAUCUUGCUUCCAAACGGAGCUUUUGUAGCGGGAGUAAAAUCGUACUCACAAGCAGUUCAGACAGAGCUGUAAAGUUUGGAACAUCACAGGCUCUAACUCUGAAUCAUCUGUCUCAUGAAGCAUACUGGUAUUUCUUCAAGACACUUGCAUUUGGAAGCAUUGAUCCUGAGGCACACCCAAGGCUUGCACAAGUAGCCAUGGAGAUAGCCAGAACGCAGAAUCGUUCAAUCAAUGCCGCAUACACCAUCUGUUAUUUGAUGAGGAACAAUUUUAACAUCCACUUUUGGUGCAAGGUUCUGAGAUUCUUCAGAGUGUUCGUCCAGAAUCAUGUCUCCAAAUUCAACAAGCAUCCAUAUGAUCUUUUGAACCAAAACAGACCAAUACAGAUUAGCCGAAUGGCUACACCUUCUGAAUAUGUCAUUAUUCGUCGUCAGUAUCAGUGCUCUUCACAAGAGGAGGUUCCCAAGAUAAGAGGCCAAGAUGUAGUGUAUGGAAGCAUGAAGACUUGCGGAAAAUUUGAGGUCCUAGCAUGGAGAUCUCUAAUACCCCCCUACUAUAGCUCUGUCCAUACUUAUGAGAUUCAAGAGCCAAGGACUACAAGUGUAGGAAGCUGAACCCAUACCCCUAACCAGGGAUGGGGAGUAGUAUUAAUAGACAUAGUAACUGGGCCAGGCCCAUUACAGUGAGGGGUGAGACGGUAAUUACAUGGGGAAUACCCCAAACCCUAGAGUCCUAGACGGGUAGUCUAACACCCCCCCGCAGUCACAACUCUAUCCUGUACAGAUGUUGAGACUGGAACGAAAGUCUGAGAAUACACUCGACGGUAGUCCCUUGGUGAAGAUGUCGGCGAACUGCAGCGUGGUGGGGACGCUGAGAACCCGAACGUCACCGGCAGCGACACGUUC